AUGACUGGGAUGGUUCAGCGAAUCCAAGCAGACAAAACCUGCGUGUAUAUCUUGGACCAAAAUCCAGCGAUCAGUGAUCUUCAAUGCUACCUCCUCGAUUUGUUAGCACAAAAUAUAUGUGGUCAAGCGAUGAGACUUAUGAUGCUUUACAUAAGACAAGAAAUGUUCCUCGAUUUCUUAAAACUUAGCCGCACAUUGUAUAACUAUCCCGUCGACCUGGGCCUCGUCGGACGUACCAUACGACAAGGAAUGGUUAGGUGA